GAAAAAAAUGCCACCAAGGAGAAAUACUCGUAAUAACCAUAGAAUAUAAGAAUUCUUUGGUAAUGGAACUAAGAAAGAAAAGAAAGAAAUAAAAUAGAUGCAAAAACAAUUUAAGAAGUGUCCAUAACUUGGAUAGGUUGGAUCAUAAUUAAGAAGAGUACUACAAUAAUAUAGAGAAGAAAUAAUGAAAGAAUUUAAUUAUGGAGACUUAGUUAAAUAAAUAUCUGAGAUAUCAAAAUUAGAAUAGAUUGGAGGAAUGUUAAACUCAAUUUUAUAUUUGAAUGUUACUAAAGUAUCAGAUUAUUGGAGUGAUGUUUAUACUCCUGAUAAUGUUGAUGAUGUAAAUAAUUAUCUAAAUUAGUUACUUAGUCAAUAAAAUACAUUAAUUUUGAAACAUUGGCUUAAGAGUUCAUUUUCUAUUCUAAAAUAAGACUAGCUAGAAGAUUCUGAUUCAUGGGAUUCUUAAUCUAAUUAAGUCAAUAAUUAAAAUUGGAAUUAUUAAAUGCUCAAUAUCUAUGGAGCAAGUGGUAAAAUGAGUACUAUUUUUGCUAUUGCUCGAACAUAUAAUAUAGAAGUUAUUCUUACAUAUGAAAAUACAGAAAAAAAAGAAUUUGAAGAAAUGUUAGCUAGUCAACAUAUCAAAUUUAAACCAGAAUAAUAAAACAAUGAAUUUGGAAUCAAAAAAAAAAUCAUUAUUCAUAGAGGACCUUUACCAAAAUUUAUUAAUUCAAAAUUUCUAUAAAUUUAAAGGGUUCCUUUCAUUUGGAUUACAGGUAUUUUUUAUAUUCAUCUUUUAUUAGAUACAUAUCAAAAUCAUGAAUUAUUUGAUGCUUUUGAAUUACUUCAAUAUUAACAUGAAGAAAUUGUCAAAUAUUUCUAUUUGAUUCUAAUAAUUGAAUAUAAUUAUAGGGAUUAAUUAGAUUCUAUUAACACAGAAUUCAAAAAGAAAGUCAUUUAUGAAAAUUUGAUAGAAAAACUUAAAUUUGGAGAUUUUUAUAAUAAUUUUUACAUAAUAAAACCCACUAUUGCAAUCAAAGAUUUAAAUAUUAAGUUUGAUCUUUCAGAAAUAAGUAUGAUUACCUUGCAAAUGAAAGGAAAUAUGAAGAGUAUUCUAAAUUGGUUGUAAUUCCAUCAUGAAGACUAAAGUACACAUUUAUUGAUUAUGUAAAUGAAAUUAAAUGAAACCCAUUUACAAUACAUGCUUAAAAAUCAUUUGCCCAUCUUUAAAUGUGAUUAAUUUAAUAAUUAGUUUAAUUAACAUGCUUAACAAUGGCUUGAUGAAUAAUGUAUCGAAUUAGUGGAUGAUAUUGUCUAAUAUAAGAAUGAUAUCUUGAAACGUAACUAUACAAAAAGGUCAUUGAAAUUCAAAAUAAAUUCAUUCCUUUUAAAUUAUACGAUUAAAGUAAGACAAUGAUAUAUUAUAUGAUAGAUAAAUGCAAUGAAUACAAAAUAGCAUACUUCCAGUACAAGAUAGAGAAGAUUAAAUAAAGAGCCAAAGGAUAUAUAUAAACCACUUCAAUAAUUCUUCAAAGAUGAAGAAGAAUAUGAAUAGUUUAAACAAUUCGAUAAAUCUUCUGCAUUUUUGGUGAACUGAUAAAAGAUGC